UCGCUGCUCUGCGAGAUGUGGGAAGUGAGGUUGGAGCCAGAUGCCAUCAGCUACAGCUCUGGGAUCAGCCCUGGGAUCAGCGCGUGUACGAACGGCGAGCAGUGGCAGCGGGCUCAAUCGCUGCUCUGCGAGAUUUGGGAGGCGAAAGUGGAGCCAAGCGUCAUCAGCUACAGCUCCGGGAUCAACGCGUGCACGAAAGGCGAGCAGUGGCAGCGGACUCUAUCGCUGCUCUGCGAGAUGUGGGAAGUGAGGUCGGAGCCAGAAGCCAUCAGCUACAACUCUGGGAUCAGCCCUGGGAUCAGCGCGUGUACGAACGGCGAGCAGUGGCAGCAGGCUCUCCCACUGAUAGCGCUGCUCGCCGAGACGGUGGACGCGAGGCUGGAGCCAGACGCCAUCAGCUACAACGCUGGGGUCAGCGCAUGCGAGAAGAGGGGGCAGUUGCAACAGGCAUUGGCGCUGUUCAGUUCGAUGCGGGAUGCGAAGCAGGGGCCCGACGUCAUUAGCUCCAAUGCUGAGAUCAGAGCCUACACGAAGGGCGAGCAGUGGCAGUGGGCUCUGGCGCCGCUCGGAGAGAUGUGGGAUGCGAAGCUGGAGCCCGACGCAAUCAGGUACUGCGCUGGGAUCAACGCAUGUGGGAGCGGCGGGUAGCGGCAGCGGGCCCGGACGCGGCCCCGCAAGAUGCGGGGAUCACAGUUGCAGCCCAACGUCAUCAGCUUCAAUGCCAGUAUCAAUACGUGCGAGAGGAGGGGACAGUGGCAGCAGGCAUUGGCGCUGCCCAACGAGAUGUGGGAUGCGAAGCUGGUACCCGACGUAAUCAGCUACAGCGCAGGGAUCCUGGAAGGCGCGACGAGCGAUCAGGAGCAGCGGAAAUGGUCAGCGAGAUGCGGGAAUCAAAGCUGCGGCCCAACGUGAUCAGCUGCAGCGCCGGGAUCAGCACAUGUGAGAAGGGCGAUCAGCGGCAACGGGCUCUGGCGCUGCUCAGCGCGAUGUGGGAUGCGAAGCUGGUGCCAGACGUAAUCAGCUACAGCGCUGGGAUCGGUGCGUGCCCGAAGGGCGCUCAGUGGCAGCGGGCUCUGCCGCUGCUCAGCGACAGGGGGCCGAAGAUAACCGCGCUAGGUGCCAUCAGCUGCAAUGCCGGACUCGGCGCGAGCGAGAAGGGCAUGCUGUCGACGCGGGCUGAGGCGGUUUCCCGGGCGACCCGGGAUCCGAAGCCAGAGCCGAGCGUCUUCAUCAGCUACAGUGCCGAAGUCGGCGCGUGCGAAAACGGCAUGCUCUGGCCGCGGGCUCUGGCGGUCUCCCAGGCCCCUCGCGCUGGCGGCGGCGCGCCUUCGGCAGGCGCGGGCCCGCCAUUGGGGCCUAGGCACCUGGCUGGCCAGCCCGCGGCGGACCGGAGGGGGGGGGGCGAGUAACGGC